AAUAAGCAGAGGGUGGUAAAGUUGGCUGCUGGGAUAAGAGAGAAGGAAACAGUAAAAAAAAAAAAAGUAUUCCACACACAUGCACACAGAAGAAGAAGGGAGGUGCUCGACAAUUCCUCCCUUUUGCGCGGACUUAACCAGCUGCAAAGACUUGAACAAGAAUUCAUCAUAUGUGGUCAACGCUGUAUGGAUGAUAUGAGCAUCAUAAUGCCAGAGGGAUGUUUAUGCUGCAGAUUCCAUGAGUGCAGCACAAUGUUGGCAGUGCUCCUCAUUCUGUCCUUCGCACACCUGGUGGCACUGGCGCCUCAUCCCGAUGGCCCCUUGGUACCCUGCAGACGUUGCUGCGAUCACCUUCAACCAACAGAGGACAGCCCAUCUCCGCCCCCAAUGGGGAUGUACAACCAGGUCCCCGAAGUCCGUACCUACAUCAACAUGACCAUCCUUAAAGGUGACAAAGGAGACCGCGGUGAUCGAGGGACACCAGGUAAGACAGGGCAGGAAGGCCCUUCAGGACCCGUCGGCCCAACGGGCUCAAAAGGCUCAAAGGGCCAGGCUGGCCUUCCAGGUGACCCCUGCAAAGUUAACCACGCCGCUUUCUCCGUGGGGCGUCGCAAGUCCUUCCACAGCCUGGAGGCCUACCAGACGCUGAUAUUCGACACGGUUUUCGUAAACCUGGAUGACCACUUCAAUAUGUUCAGCGGGAAGUACGUCUGCCACACGCCCGGCGUCUAUUUCUUCAACGUCAACAUCCACACAUGGAACUUCAAGGAGACGUACCUGCACAUCAUGCGGAACGAAGCCGAGCAGGCCAUCGUGUACGCCCAGCCCAGCGACCGCUCAAUCAUGCAGAGCCAGAGCCUCAUGCUGGACUUGGGCCUCGGCGACGAGGUGUGGAUCCGCCUGUACAAGAGGGAACGGGAGAAUGCAAUUUACAGCGACGAUGUGGAUAUUUACAUCACUUUCAACGGAUACCUCAUCAGAGCCAGCACAGAGUAAUGUUGUGUUCGUUGUAAGUAUCACAACAUUGUAGUAAAUAAUAAAUAUUUAAGCUUAAUAUUGCAUGCAGGUUACAA